GUCACGAUUUAUACAUUGGUAGGUAAUCUUUUACUUGUGUGGAAAAUUUCAAAUGCACGAUUUACAAUGAGGCAUAUUGUAGGCGUGCUUUUAUGUUUCCUUGGGGUGGUGUGGGGACUAGAAUCUACUUGUGACGACAUAGAUGAGGAUAUUUGCCGGACAUUCAAUAAUAAAGUCAGUGUUUGUGAUGACACGUGUCUUUCAAAACUAUGUCCGAGGACCUGCAAUAAGUGCCCAAGGAAAUGUUAUAGUUGCAACGAUGUCUCCUCCUUAAAUGAUUGCAAUACAACAAGAAUAUGUCCGGAUCUGACCUAUGACUGUUUAGUACAUGAAGGUAUCGCAGCAGACUUUACAAUUUCCUAUAAGCUUGGAUGUGCCACAAAGGAUGUAUGCGUUUCAUUAUUUGGUGCAACGAGCACCACCACAUCAACCACAUACAUGACCACCACACAAGCAACCACAACAGAAGCUGCCACAACAGAGGCCACCACAACAGAGACCACAGCCACGACAGAACCUACGACAGAAGCGUCCACCACUAGAGGAGCCCCCAUCCUGGUGGGUAAGAAGAAGAGGCAUGGUAUUGACGGCGAGUGCUGCAGUACUGAUCUGUGUAACAGACAUGAGCCAGUAAAGGGGAAGAGGCAGAUUAUUAUAAUGACAGGAACCAUACCGGACAAACCUACCACAGACGGAACAACGACGUCUACGACUUCAUCAACUGCAUGUGCUGAUAUUGACACCGCUUCCUGUCAAAAACUUGCUACUCUCAAAAGGAACAUGUGUAGUGAUGAUUGUUUUGUACAGGCCUGUCCACGCACCUGUGGGAAAUGCUCUGAGUGUUAUUCCUGUCACUUUGUGGAAUCCCCAGAAAACUGUACCAGCAGUUCUGUCUGUUUACCAGGGGAGCAAUGUUAUGUUUUGGAGAAAUUAAUGGAUAAUGGAAAACAUGGCUAUCAAAUAGGAUGUCUUCAUGAAAAUGUGUGUAGAAGAUUCCAUGUCAAUGCUGGUGAUUUAUUUGGUCGAAGGAGUGACCACGUGGGUUUGACGUUGGAUGGAAAUUGCUGCAAUGGAGAUUUAUGUAAUCAUCACGCUCUUGUGCAUACUACAACAACUACGCAUGCGCCAACACAUGCUCAGCCAACAACACCCGCACCAU